AUGGCUCUCGGCAUGCAUUCUAACGAUACCGCCGUGGAAGAGAUACAAUCCAAGCUCCCAGCUGAGACGUCUGAGGUCUUGCAGGUCGAUUUCAACGAAACAAGAAAACAUAAAUUUAAUUUUCAUAUCAACAUUUUGGGGAACGAAUUGCCGACGACGAAGUCAAAUGUCAGCCAAACGAACACAAUUGUUGCGUCACAACGAACGAAUGAAGAAAGAGGUACGCAAACAACACGCAUUCAUGGAAGUCACUUCGACACAGAUGACAUUAUUUCAGCCUCCCCGCCAGAGCAUCUCGUGGAUACUAAGUACCAUGAAAACCUUACAAACUUGGAUGGUUUUGGUGCCGCGGCACAUGAUGAAAACUCGAUUUCAAAACCACCCAGCGAGCUAAGACAAUCAACUUACCCUAAAGAAGGUCCUCUCACAAUUUUAUUACCCCAAACGCAACACUUGCAUCGAAAUCCGUCAUCGGUCCACCAUCUCAAUAGACGGGACUUAAAAAAUUUACCGACUUUCAGCCACUCGAAGUCUUCAGUUGGCAAGCAGACCCAACCUCCAGAAGACCUCUACCUGCAGGUGCCGGAAUUGAUCCGCCGCCACGGAUACCCGGCUGAAGUCCACGACAUUCGCACGAGUGACGAUUACAUUCUGACCCUGCAUCGCAUCGUGGGGCCGCAAAACGAUAAUAACAAUAAGGCCUCAAGACGACACGACAAAGCAAUACGACAAAAUAGGCAAACGAGCAACAAAAAACACGAUAACGACACUCCUCAAGGGAAGAACAAAAAAUCUGUCGUGUCUCACGAGCACAACAAGGAAUCGAUCAAGAAACACGAUAACCAAAGCGAAUCGACCUUGUCCCGCGAUCACCGAAACCAAUCGACGGUAUUCGAUGAUCUCCCGAACGAAUCGAUAAUUUCAAACGAUAGCCAUAACCAAAAGAUGACUCACGCUUACCUUAACGAAUUUAACGUUACUCUCGAUGACGCCAAAAGACGCACGGGCAGAGGGACGGUACGAGAGAAAGAAGCUGUGCUCCUCAUGCACGGCUUUGCCAGCUCAUCGGCAGACUUUGUACUCGGAGGUCCCGACAGUGCCUUGGGGUUCAUGCUGGCUGACGCGGGUUACGAUGUCUGGCUGGGAAAUUUCCGCGGCAACGCCUACAGCCGCCGCCAUGCGAGCCUCCAGAGCGACGACGCGCAGUUCUGGCGCUUCAGUUUGGACGAGGUGUCUCGGCGUGAUGUACCAGCGAUGGUGGACCACAUCAUCACCACCACACAUCGGCCACACAUCUUUUACAUCGGCCACUCAAUAGGCGCCACGAUGUUGGCUCUCACCUGUCACAUCAAGCCCAAGUUCGCUAAUAAGAUUCGACAUUUUUCAGCCAUGGCGCCCGUAGGAUAUGGCAAGAUGUCGCAAGGGCCAGUCAAAGUAAUGACCAAUCUCGCCAGAAUCACAUACAAACACAAAGAGGAAGGAGGUGGGGCCAAAGCGCAGGUUUUGUCCCGGGACCGCUCGGCGGUUGCCUUCAUGUGGUUCUUCUGUGGCGCGCGCAGCCUCGCCUGGAAGCUGUGCCUCAGCCUCCUCACUGCGGCGGGAGGCCGCAACACUGGCCUCUUCAGGAAGGAGAUGCUGUCCCUUAUCCUGGCUCACUUCCCUGCCGGCACGUCGGUGAGGCUGGCAGCUCAUCUGGGCCAGCUGCUCAGCUCAGACGGUCUCCAUAAGUUCGACUUCGGUCCCGACGACAACGCGGCGCUGUACGGCCAAGCCACGCCUCCGCGCUACGACCUCAGCCACACGCGGGUGCCUACAGCCGUCUACUGGGCCGUUAAUGACCUCCUCGCUCCCCCUCAGGAUGUGGAAGAGUUCAUCGCUGCGCUGCCGAACGUGACGGAAAAGCACCUCGUUGGACACGAGACUUUCAAUCACUUCGACUUUGUUUAUUCGGAUCAAGCGCGCCACCUUCUUCACACAGACCUCAUCACGACCAUGGCCAAGUAUGGGCGUCAAAACUUUUAAUUGAACUGAAACAAAAAAGAAUUUUGAACCUCAAAUCAAAAGGAAACGCGUCACACUAAUUGGAAUUGAUUCAAUUAUUUUAACCAUAUUUUGUAGAUAUGGAAACUUUUGAAUUCACUUUACUUACUCAAAAAUAAAGGCUUAAACGAAAAAGGCUUCAAUUCUAUGGAGAAUUUCAAAGCCAUUUCGAUCGCAUGGCAUCGAAUAGAGUUCGCAUAGUUUAGUACCGAGGCGAUAGAUAAAUUUCAAUGUAAAUGUCAAUCCUUUCAACAAAUACUAAUAACACAGCGCAUAUGAUCACAAUAUGCACAUAGGUGGUUUUAAAUUCAGCUAAUACCGAAAAAUUUCAUUGUUUAUAUUUUAUAGAUAUUUGGAAUAUUUACGCAUUAAAGCAUAGACAACUAUUUUCAAGAUAGAUCUUUUGCGUCACCAAGUUUUCUCAUUAUGGAAGCACUUGAUAGUGAAAUCACAAAAAAAAACUUCUUUUAUUACUUUGCUCAUUGUACGUCAAAGAUUUUGCUUGCGAGUAAAAUGCAGCGAAAGAAGGAGAUGACGCUGCAUAAUUGUUAUCGGCUGAUAAGCCUUCAAAGAUCUCAAGCCAAGCGCCGAACAUUUGAGAGAAGUCAGUAAUGUAUCGAUCAUCGUUAUAAAUAAAUGAACUGAAAAAACUGCCUUCAACUCAUUGGUUAUUGCAAAGUAGCACAUAAUUUCCCAACAGUACGAACACACUUGAGAAUAUGAACAUGAUAUAAUGCAAUAAAAGUAGUCUGUUGCUUGAGCUAAGCCAGUAAAUAAUGAUCACCUCAGGUCAUCGAUAUUAUUCUCAUUUUUACAUUAUUCGCUCUCCAGAUAUUCCAUAAGAUCUGACAAUUAUAGCCACAACCCCUGAAGAGAAAUGCAGUUACAGUUUUAUUCUGAUUCUUUGAAUUGCCAUGGCAAUUGCAUGACUUUUUUGUGAAGCAUAGAAAUACAGUUAAAGGUAAAUAUUCUCAAACUUCAUAACUACAAGAAGCUGUCGUUCGAAAUUUGGACGGACCUAAAAGUGUAGCAACAUAAUCAAUAAACGGGUUAAAAAACAUCAAACACA